CUAUCUCUGCUUCAUGAAAAUUUGGCGGGUUUCCUGGUUCCUACCUCAGGCUCAGCGCAUCCUUAGGGAACCUUCUAACUGCCAAAAUAUCUCAUCAACGAUUUCCACUUUUGUCAUUUCAACGAAUUUGGAUCUUUUGUUUCCGUUUCCUUUAUCGCUCUCGGGACAUCUCCACAAUGUUUGCUCUUUUCUUAAGAACAGAGGAAGGGAACUAAUUGUGGCGGUGGAUUUUGAAGAUGUUCAAUGGGGAAAUUAUCCAUGAUGAGCUUACGCCACUGGAUUCAGCGACGAUGCCUCUAUCCUCCAUGGCCGACGCCUUCGAGGAGCUCGCAAAGAGGCUCAAGGGUCGCUUAAAUGGGUCCAUGGGACAAGAAAUGCUUCGGUUGGACAACUUUUGCCAGGCUUGCCAUCUGGUGUCUUUUCUAUUUAAUAGCCUCGGCCUCGCUUUCAAGUUCGCUGAGUUGGAAUAUAUCGCCAAGCUACAUGGACUUCUGGAAGCAUCGAAGAGUUUUGAUACUCUAGGUGAUAUCCUUGAUCAUGAUAUUGCACAUAAUACAGUCAAAACAGCAGGAAGCUUUUCGCGUAAUCUGCGUAGAGUUCGACAGGGACUUGAUCUCAUCAGAGCUAUAUUUGAAAAUUUUUUGUCUACUGAUGACAACUCAUUAAGAGAGGUAGCUUCAACAGCUUAUGCACAGGUUUGUGCACCAUAUCACACAUGGGCAGUAAGAACUGCCGUUGCUGCUGGGAUGUAUACACUUCCAACGAGGGACCAACUGUUGGAAAGGCUCAAUGAAACAGAUCAAUCAGCUGAAAAGAAAAUGAGAAGGUACAUCAAUGCCUCGCUACCAGUUAUAGAAUACAUCGAUAAACUGUAUCUUUCUCGAAAUAUUAUACUGGACUGGUGAAUUUCACAGCUUUUCGGCACACAGUGCUUAGUUAGUGCGGCCAAAGAAAAAGAAAGAAAACCCUCUGUCAAAAAAACAAAGAAAGAAAGAAAGAAAUAGGAGACCUAUGUAUUCCCCCCCCCCCCUUCCAAUUUAUGGGCCUGAGGUGCCCUCUGUGUGUUAGGAGACAGUGAGUUGGCUUCAGUGCAUAGCAGUAAUGUUAGUACGCCCUUUAUUUGUUUCAGUUUAAAAAUUUAAUUAUGUUAGAUUCUCAAAUCUACACG